UUGGUUUAUGUGAGGCAAGCCGGCUUUUUAAGGGGCGUUGUCUAUAAAUACGACUUGUGGGUUGAUCGAAGUUUCAUUCAGCAUCCAACACCGAAGCCUGAUCAUUUUCGUAGUCACACACAGUGUUUGUGUACACGUAAUCAGUAAUCAUGUCUUGGAACAGCGCUGAUAAGGCUGCCAUCGUCGACACUUUCUACCAUAAGUUGUUCUCGGCCCACCCGGAUUACCAAGACAAGUUCAAAUUCAAGGGAGUGGCUCUGGGAAGUCUUGGUAGCAACGCUGCCUACAAGACACAGCGGGACAAGACCGUUCACUACAUCGACGAAGCCGUCGCAGGUAAAGCGGACCCCGCCGGUCUUGCAUCCAGGCACACGGCUCGCAAUGUUGGAGCUGCCGAAUUCAAGGCCGCCAAGUCUAUUUUGGCUGCUGCCGCCGCGGAACACCAUUGCACGACUGACUUUGGAGGAGCCGUCGAUGCCAUCAUCGGCCACUUUUAAAACCGCAUUUGACAGGGCAAAACAUGUACCCCAUGCGUAGAUUUUCAGGCAGUGGCUUUUUAAUAACUUGAAUAUCAUUUAGGACUAAUCGAUGGACUGUAAGGCUUACUGAAAUCGUAUAUAUGAGUUCUUGCUGUUAAGUUGGCUCUGUCCCUUUCCGCGGUCUGAAACAACUUGAACGUUGAACUGAAAAAGUCCCCAUCCAUGCCAAGAACCAAACUGGUACAGCCAUGAAAUGCAGGGUGCAAUCAAAACUUCAACACAAUGUUCUUGCUGGCCCUGGUUACCCAACUGGUAAAAAAUUGAAGUCAUGCGUUUUUGCCUUGAGAGAGCGGGAGAGAGCCGAUGUCACAGUGCUUAUACAAAUGAUGCAUAUAUGCGAGAUGGCUAACACAUUGUAAAACAAAACAAAAUCGAAGACAUAUAUUUGUGAGGCUGAGAGAAGAAUUGUAUGCAAAUGAGCAGUGCUGGAAAAGGCAUUAAUUGCACCAGUAGGCUCGGGGAUACAAAAAACAACAUUUGCCGAUAUCCGAAAGCAGAAUUUGACCGACCGGAACACCCCGCAAUAGCCAUGUGAUUUGAUCGUUACAAAAUGAGCACACCGGGGACGGGAUGUACUGGCAGAAUUCGGCACUUUUCAUUGGAUAAGCCACCAGAACCAAGAACCAACUGCAAGUUUCGCUUUCGGAAAUCCGAUCCAUGAAAACUUUGUGGGUGAUUGUGUUUCAGGGCUAUUGGAUUUUCCAUAGAGCAUGUAAAGUAUAUAUAGAUGCCUGAAUAUCUGAAAUAAAUAUUAGUAAUUUUA